CAUCCUUUCACACUCCUCAUUCUCGUGCUUCUUUGGCUCAAGAUUUCACUCUUUCUAUAUGAGCUUCAAUGGCGUGCCCUUACCUUGUCUUAAAUAGCUUACUGACUCACUUCUACCGUCACUCCAGGAAUUGGCCAAGUGAAACCACUUCCUAAAGCGUAGUAUAGCGGGUUUGGGUUUAAUUAUCAACCCGGGUCCUAGAUCUGAUGACUACUCAGUGAAUUCUUGUUAUCUAGCAAUGAAACUUUAAUGCAGGUUUAAACUAUCAAACUAACAAAGCAAGUAAACGGUUGUAUUCAGGUUAAGAGAGGUCACCCGGAUAUGGUUCCCCCUAGACUGUAGUUAAGCCGGAUUGUAAUUACCAAGUUCAGUUUCCAUGAAAGUUAUACUGCGGAAGGUUCUUAAACAGCCUGAAGUCUCGACUAAAGGUCUUCAGACCCUCUCAAUCUGAGUCUCUAGCGGGCGACUAACCUCAACUGGAGUAAACAGAUUGAGGCCUUAACAAACAAAACCUCCGCUACCAGAGUAAAUCCGGUACAGAAUAGUGAGUUGGUUCCUCGACUAAAGUCACCAACUCCCUACCUUCAAUUAAGGAUGCUCUAUUAACCUAGGCAGAUAUUCUCAUUCUAGGUUAAAGCAGAAACAACAGGAAUUUGAUCAGGAUUAAAGUCAUUCAAUCAUUCAAACCUCAAUCGAAUAUAAUCAAAUCAUAGAAUCAGUACUUGGGUUCAUACAAUCAAACCUAACAUACAAAUCUAGGGUUCUCCAUACCCAGAUGAAUGGGAGAACUACUCCAUGGAGAAAGAAGCAAAAGCAGAAUCAGACGCGGAAUUCAUACUGUGAAGGAUGGAUUCAUGCUUCUGGACGUUGAUCGGCACUUCUCCAAGCUCAAGCUGGCCUCCAAUGGUGUUGAAGAUCAAUCUAGGGCACUUGGAGACUCUUGUUCGUCGCUUUCUCUCUCUAGGAAUCGUUCUCUCUCUCAAAAACUCGAAUCCCCUCGACUUGUGGCUGAAAAUCUGCUUAAAAGCAGAAAAUCCCGACUCACACGGCCAGGGUGGCACGGCCGUGUGGCUUACCCAGUUGCCCGUGCGAGUCAAAACGCUGCGUAUCAAUUAGUUGAAUUCCAGGCUUCUUGCACGGCCAGGGUCACACGGCCGUGUGAACUUUCCAUCCUGCCCGUGUUUGCUCUCGCAGAAUUCCACACGGCCAAACUGCAUCCUCACACGGCCGUGUGGAUUCUCUGCUCUGCCCGUGUUUGCUCUCGCACAAUCCCACACGGCCAAACUGGUCACUUGCACGGCCGUGUGGGUGUGCCCGUGCGACCUCCUUUGUGACUCGUCUCGCGCCCGAUCUUCGCCCAAUCGACCCCGAACUCGCUCCUAAACCUUCAUUCACUUGCCAGGACCUGAAAUAUCACAAACAAGCACAACCUAGCGUGAAAUCGGUCUAAAACACGAGAAACCACAUCUCAAACGGUGUAAGAACAGGGGUGAAAACAUGUGUAAUUAACGGUCUAUCACUUACUAUAGUUCUUAUAUGUACUCUUGACCAUAACAUAUAUUCUCAUCUAGCUUGGUAGUAUCGAAUAGGUUUGAGUGAUUCAUUGCCCUUUUCAAAAUUUUCCAACUUGGGCCCAGGGUGUGAUGAGACAAAAUUUUGGCUCAAUUUAUUUGGUCCAACUAAUUCAGUACUUGAUGUUGAACCUAUCGAAGUCGAGGUAUCACAUUUCUUCCCCACUUUUAGAAAUUUUGCCCUCGAAAUUUGUCCACUGUGAUUACCCUAAGCAUAGUUUGUGGUAAUCCUUUGCACUUCGCGGAUUUUUAUUUCCUUUAACUUAUACAACGUGACCUAAAAUCCUUCUCUCCAUUCCCUGCAACUUCAGUGUUGUUGUGGCUUCUUAACCCCUCACAUUACCUCGGCUGCACCCUGUACAUAUAUAGGAACGAUAACUAUCCAUUGUUUGGUAUACAGGACGUUAAUGCUCCUCUUGAACCCCAGGGUUACAUAUGGCGGCUUAUCCUUUAUCCCAUCAGAUGGUAAAAUUCCUUUAACGUAACUCUCGUCCGGAGUUGACCUCAUAGGUCACCUAGGUCCUUGUAUCUCCUAACUCUGCAUCUCUUACUUUCUUCCUCAAUGCCUCGUCUUAUCCCUUAACCAUAAACUGAAUGGUCACCGCCUCGUUACUUGCUGCUUAGUGUUGGAACCUCAUACUACUGUUUCUACUUCCUGUAUGCAUUAGAGGCAUCCUUUGCGUCUUUCUCUAGCUUGCGAUCAACUUUAUGAAUCCCUUCCAGAAUAAUGACCUUCCAUUUUGCGUACUUACUCACUCCUGGCACCUAACUUAACACUUCCUUAUCAUCGUUUGACUUGGGAGUUCUCGUACGAUCUCUUCUAUUGUUUUUUUGACCUUGCCUGAAAUUCCUCGUACAGUUUCCCCGUCCAAGAAAUUUUCACCCGAGAGAUCACCACAUUUCACCCUCAUAGGUGGUAUUGCUUUCACUUUAGGGUAUCCUAGCAGGUUCGCUAAACUCAUAUCCAUGUUACCUCUUUACUCGUGACUCCUCUUACCGAUGUUUCUCGCUAGUUCUAUAUGUCUCUCGUCCUCGAUGUAGUCAUCUUGGUGCCCAUAUUCUCUUCUCAUUUAUGUACCUUGACCGAUAAGGUUUUCCCUUCGACCGUUCUGGACCACCACACUUCUACUUUAAAGUUGACCAUUGAGCUUCUCAGUUCUUGACGGGCUUCCUAUGGCCCAACUUAUUCUCCACCGGCAAUCACCUUAACGCCUCCUUGUUGACCUUCGUAUUCUUUCGCCGGCUCUUCCUAACUAUCUUUCUCCCUGAAUUUGUCGUUUUAUAAACUACCACCCUUUUUCACCAUAGCUUUCAUUAUAGCUUGUGGUUUCCUCCUUACUUCCACAACUCUUUCAUCGAUGCUUGGUACUAGCCUUGAUCUACUCAGUUUAGUAGCUCCUCGCCAUACCUCAGAGCCAACAUUUCCACUAGAAACAUUCUCUAGGUAGACUUGACAGACGACACCCACGACUUCUACUCAUGAUGGUGCUUGACCACGUCCCCACUAUCUUCUUUCACGCAUUCAUUGUCUGGUCGACAACCACUUUUUUUUCUUUAUUUUACUUCCUAUAGCGUCCUAUGGUGCAUUCUUCUACGGUUCACGAUUAACGUGCCAUUGAAAUCGUUCCAAUCCACAUAGCAUUGUAGCGGUUAGGGGGAAGUGAUUAACGUGGCCAAUUCAUGAUUAACGUGCCCAAGGAAAUCGUUCCAAUUUCCAGUUUGCAAGUAUGUGUGUUCUUUGCUUGUGCUAGACUUGGUGUUUUCCGAUUGUGUGUAGGUGGUGCAUGACCCGGAGCAACCCGAUACCCUUGCUACCUGACUCGCUAUGACACAACACCUAACAAUGGCCAAGUGUAACCAAUGGAAGGGACUGCAGUAUAGUGGCUCAAGUGAUAAAUAUCGAAUCCACGGGUCUCUAGAGUUACUAUUACUCAGCUUCAUUUUAUUAUUUAGCAAACCAGAUUAAGAUGAAAGAACUAAAACUACUCUAGAAAACUACAGUUAAAGUUAAUCUAAUUACAGGUUGGGAACUCACUUAGUUAUGAUUCCCCCUUGCCACUUGAUGAUUUCUAACUUGUUGCACUUUCAUUCACAAUGCGGAGAAUCCUUGACUAGACCUUGAGUCUCGACUAAAGGAACAAGGCCCUCUUGAGUCAAUUGCCUAGAGGGACGUAUCCUUCUCUAGAACAACUGAUCAAGGCGUUUUGAACUAGACUCCCUCUAUCGAAAGAGGUUCUCAAUCGAUACAAAGCAGUGAAUCAACCCUUGACUAAAGCAAUCGAUCCACUACUAUCAAUCUAUGGUGCUCUAUUGACCUAAUCAGGUAUUCCCUCUCAUAGGAUCAAAGCAGAAUCAAUAAUAUCGACUAAAGAAGAAUUGAAUCAUGAAAACAUGCAUAGAUUGAAUAUGAACUCAAGAUUAUCAAGUCAGAAUACUCAUACAAUCAUCCAAUCAAACAAACAUAGCUAGGGUUCCUCAAAACCUAAGUGAAGGGAAGUUACUCCAUAGAGAAGAGAGAGACUGCAGUAAGAAUCUUCAGAUGAUCAGUCUUCAAGUCCGGGCUUGUUCCUCGAGCUUCCAAGGCUAAGAAAUCCUCCAAUUCCACUCUUAGAAUGCCCUCAGAUUGCCCUUUCUCUCUUUGGUUCGUCCCUUGGGUGUUUGGGAUCCAAAACCCAGCUCUCCCCCUCCUUUGGCUCGAAUUUGGGCUAAAAAACCCGAUUCUGGGCAAAACACGGUCGAGGGCACGACCGUGCUUUGGUUUUGCCCGCCCGUGCUUUGCCUCGUGUUAAAAACACGCCCGCGCGCGUCGGCGAAAACACGGUCGUGCCUAAAUAUGGGCACGGCCGUGUUUUGAUUUAGGCGCGCCCGUGUUUUUACUGCCGAACCUGUUCCCCUAUAUUCAAUGCUUCGUUUCUCCCUCGUCCGGACUCCGAAUCAGUCGCUGUUUGAUCCCAGACGCUCGUAGUCUCGUCCUCUUUCUUUUAAUGACAAGCUUGCAUGAUUAUUUGUCCAUAAAGUGAGUUAGAAAUCUAUUUUUCUUCAGGUCAUGCCCGAGUUUCUUCUCCCUAAUCGCCAAUUGAUCUCUGAUUGACUUGAAACUUGCGCCUAUGCUUCACUUUAUGUGUUAGGACCUGAAAUGUGAUAAAGGAACACAAACUAGCGUAAAAUAGGCCAAGGAAGCGAUAAUGAAAGCUUAAACAAUCA